AUGCCACAACAUACAAAUGAGAGACAGUCGGGCCCAGAAAUCAAAAUUGUGAGAAUAGAAGAUGAUAUAAAACGUCAGUUCAUGCAUUUUCACUUAAGUGGUGAAAUACUUAAAGACCAUGAAUACGUUUUAUCCAUGGAAUUUAGGGGACCGCUACAAACUGACCUAAAAGGCUUUUAUCUGAGCUCAUACACAGAAGGUGGAAACAAAAGAUAUCUUGCAACAACUCAGUUCCAGCCAACAGAUGCUAGAAAGGCGUUCCCUUGUUUUGAUGAACCAGAAUUCAAAGCUGUCUUCAAUAUUACAGUUGUGAGAAAAGUUGGAUGGCUCAGUUUAUCAAAUACAAAAAUAGUAUCAACAACAUUAAGAGAAAAUGGGUUUGAAGCAGAUCAUUAUAGUCCAACUCCAAGGAUGUCAACUUAUCUUGUGGCCUUUGUUGUGUCUCAGUUUAAAUCACAACACCAGACUACAACUAAUGGACUUCAGUAUGGAGUUUGGGCCCAGCCAAAUUCAGUCCUUCAGACAACAGAGGCCUUGAAUGUGGGUACUAAAGUGAUAACUUUCUAUGAAGAUUAUUUCAACAUUUCCUUUCCUUUACCAAAGCAAGAUAUGAUUGCAGUCCCAGACUACCCUCUUGGUGCCAUGGAGAAUUGGGGACUGAUUACUUACAGGGAGACAGCCAUGCUGUAUGACGACAAGAUGUCAACAGAAGAUAAUUUAGCCCGUGUUACAUCAGCGAUAGCCCAUGAACUUUCCCACCAAUGGUUUGGUGACCUUGUAACAAUGAAAUGGUGGGAUGAUCUAUGGUUGAAUGAGGGAUUUGCUACCUUUGUACAGUAUAUGGGAACUGAUCAUGUCCAUCCAGAUUGGAAAAUGUUUGAUCUUUUCCCGAUUGGAGACAUGUAUGAUGCUUUUGAGUUUGACAGUGUGAAAUCAUCACAUCCAAUUUAUGUUCCUGUAGAAAAUCCAGACCAAAUAAAUGAAAUAUUUGAUAAAAUAUCUUACAGCAAGGGAGGAUCAGUGAUAAGGAUGAUAAGAUAUGUACUUGGAGAGGAAACAUUUAGACAUGGGCUAAUUAAUUACUUGAAUGGAUUGAAAUACCAAAGUGCUGUACAUGAAGAUUUAUGGAAUGCUUUACAGAAGGUUGCUGAAGAGGAAGGGAAAACUAUUCCAUAUACUGUGAAGGAUAUUAUGGAUACAUGGAUACUGCAGAUGAACUAUCCUGUUGUCAUGGUGACCAGAGCAAAGUCUGGUCUGACAGUGGAACAAAAAAGAUUUCUUUUUAACAAAGACUCAAACACAACUGAAAAAUUUCAGUCUCCAUUCAACUACAUAUGGCGGAUACCCCUCACAUAUACUACCAGUAGUGAAAUGAACUUUGAUAAGUCUGGAGAGAGUGUUGUAUGGCUUGUUACUCAAUCAACAGAAAUAGUUAACCAGAAAAUACCUACCUCGGAGAACAGUUGGUACUUAUUUAACCUACAGCAGUAUGGUGUCUAUAGAGUAAACUAUGAUAUACAGAACUGGAAUGCACUCAUAAACACACUUAAACUGGAUCACAAGAAAAUUCCUGUCAUCAACAGAGGCCAAAUUAUAAAUGAUGCAUGGAAUCUGGCAAAAGCUGAAGAGCUGCCAGUAACAAUUGCCUUAGAGACGCUGAACUAUUUAGAUAAAGAGAUGGAUUAUGUCCCUUGGGCAGCUGCAACAAGAGAACUUGCAUAUGUUGACGACAUGUUGUCAAAAACAGAGACAUUUGGUGAUUUCCAGAAUUUUGUGAAAGCCAAAGUUUCAGCACCAUUUAAUGAACAUGAAUUAGAGUUCUCAAACCUGACACAUUUGGAAAUAUAUGCAGUGAGAACAUUUGUCGGAGCAGCCUGUUCAUAUGGAGAAGAAUCUUGUGUUUCAAAAGCCAAGACAUUGUUCAAUCAGUGGAUGAAAAAUCCUGAAAAUAAUGUGAUUAAUCCUAACAUUAAAGGCACAGUCUAUUGUACUGGAGUGGCUGAUGGUGGCAUAGAGGAGUGGAAUUUUGUUCACAAUCAGUACAAAAUAGCCCCAGUCGUAUCAGAAAAGUCCCUUCUUCAGUCUGCCCUGUCAUGUACCAAAGAAGCAUGGAUUAUUAACAAAUUAUUAGAGAUGACUUCUGACCCUAAUGAGAUCAGAAAGCAAGAUGCUCCUUAUGUUAUCAUGCAAGUGGCAGAUAAUUCAGUUGGAAAAUAUCUGGCUAAAGAAUUCUUCUAUCAGAACUGGGAUUUCAUUAGAGAUACGUAUGCUGGAGGAUUUGGUGUUUUUAUAAAGUUAGUUCAAGCAAUAACCAAGGCAUUUAACACUGAUUAUGAACUAGACCAGUUAAAAGACUUUUUAGCUUCAGAAUCGGACCUAGGUCCUGGAGCUAGAGCAUUCGAACAAGCUAUUGAAAACACAGAGUCAAACAUCAGAUGGAUGAAAAACAAUUAUAAUGACAUUAAGAAAUGGCUAGGUGUACAUCCAACACCCCACAAAGUUGAUAACGUAAGACUACCAAGAUCUUUAAUACCAAAAAUAUACAAUUUGACACUGAAACCAGAUUUUUAUGGACCUGACCCAUCCACAUUCUCAACAGAAGGAAGUGUGAGGAUAGAAAUAGAGUGUACAGUGGAAACAAAUAAUAUAACACUUCAUGCUGUGGAUUUAACAGUGAAUGAGUCCACAGUGACAAUCAGCAGUUCAGAUCAUGUUGGAACAUUACCAACCGUGGUUAGUCUUGCAGAAGACAAGGAACGGGAGUUUCUUAUUGUUAAUGUAGAUGCAAAUUUGCAAGCUAGGAAAACAUACAUUUUAGAGAUGUCUUUCACUAGUCCCCUGUCUAAUAAAGUUCUAGCUGGACUUUAUCUCAGUUCAUACAAAAGAGGUGACCAGACUGUAUAUCUAGCCACUACACAGUUUGAAUCAACAGAUGCCAGGAGAGCUUUCCCUUGUUUUGAUGAGCCUGAACUUAAGGCACAGUUCAAGGUGACUUUAUUAAGGAAACCAGACAGAGUAAGCUUGAGUAAUAUGCCACAGGAGAAAACUGGUGUUCCAAGUGUAGAUGGGUUUGUAGCAGAUGAAUAUGCCUUGUCACCAAACAUGUCUACCUAUCUACUCGCCAUUAUUGUAUGUGAUUUCCAGUAUACACAAACUACAACUAAAAAUGGUAUAAAGUAUAGAGCAUGGUCUACACCAGAAACUUUGAAUCAGACUGCAUUAGCCUUAAAAACAGGAGCUGACACCUUAACACUCUAUGAAGAUUUCUUUGGAGUUGACUUUCCAAUAAAAAAACAAGAUAUGAUAGCUAUUCCUGACUUCUCUGCUGGAGCUAUGGAGAACUGGGGACUGAUUACAUACAGGGAGACUGCUAUGUUGUUUGAUCCAGAUGUUUCCUCAGCCAGCAAUAAACAAAGAGUGGUAGUAGUGAUAACUCAUGAACUAGCUCAUCAGUGGUUUGGUGACUUAGUUACGAUGGAAUGGUGGGAUGACCUUUGGUUAAAUGAAGGGUUCGCCACAUACGUUGAGAACUUUGGAACAGAUCGUUUGUAUCCUGAAUGGAGGAUGUUUGAUCAAUUCUCAGUGGAUGUAGUGCAGGAUGCUUUUUCUUUUGACGGUCUUGUGACAUCACAUCCUAUUUAUGUCCCAGUAUCUAACCCAGCAGAAAUAAAUGAAAUAUUUGAUACUAUAUCAUAUUCCAAGGGAGGAGCUAUAAUUAGAAUGAUGAAGUUCUUUCUUGGAGAUAAUACUUUUGCUAAAGGAUUAACAGCUUAUUUGAAGGACAGGCAGUUUAGUAAUGCUUUUCACGAUGAUUUGUGGAAUGCCAUGACGAAGCAAGCAGGAAUUGAUGGUAAUCCACUAGAUGUCAAGGAUAUAAUGGACACAUGGAUUCUACAAAUGAACUAUCCUGUUGUGAAGGUUACAAGGUCAAAUGGAAAGUUGCAUUUGGAGCAGAAGAGAUUUUUGUUUAAUCCGUCAGCUACAGAUCCAGGCAAAUACCCAUCGCCAUACAAUUACACAUGGAAGAUACCAUUUACCUACACAACAAGUGACAAUCUACAGUUCAACCAAAGUUACAAAGAUGUUAUGUGGUUUAAUUUACAAUCAGAAAUGGAUAUACCUACAAGCAGUAGUGGAUGGAUUGUGGGUAAUGUACAGCAAUAUGGCUACUACAGAGUAAAUUAUGAUGAUGAAAACUGGCAAGCAUUGAUAGAACAACUCAAAACAGAUCAUUUGAGUAUCCAUGUAAUAAACAGAGGGCAAAUAUUAAAUGAUGUAUGGUCCCUUUCAAAAUCAGGUGAUGUUGGUACUCUGACAGCUCUACAAGUUGUGGAUUAUUUAAGUGAAGAGUUGGAUUAUGUCCCUUGGUAUGCUGCAACAGUUGAAUUAUCUUAUGUAAAGAAAAUGCUGACAAGGACAGCUAUAUAUGGUAACUUCCAGAAAUAUAUGAGUAAUCUUUUAGGGAAAGCAUUUGAUCAUUAUGGUUUAGAUAAUACUGGUGCUACUCACAUUGAAGCAUAUGCCAGAUCCCUUUUAGCCCACCAAGCUUGUAACUAUAACAUUGUUGGUUGUACAACUGAAGCUCUAACCAUGUAUAAUAAUUGGAUGGCUGAUCCUGAAACCUACAGGAUAGAUCCUGAUUUGAAGAGUACAGUGUAUUGUACUGGUGUAGCUGAGGGUGGAGAAGAAGCCUGGGAUUUCUUAUAUCAACAAUAUAAAACUACUAAUGUGGCUGCAGAGAAAAGUAGAGUUCUAACUGCCCUGGCAUGUACUAAAGAAACAUAUUUGAUUAGCAGGUAUCUGACUUAUUCCUUGGACAUGUCAGAAAUAAGAAGUCAGGAUGCCUCCAAUGUUAUCAUUGCCAUCUCAAGGAAUGUUAAUGGCAGAGAUUUAGCAUGGGAUUAUGUUGUAGGAAACUGGAAAUUGAUUAGUAGCAGAUAUGGUAAAUCCUCAUUUGCAAUCAAGAACCUGAUAACUGGAAUAACAGAUAGUUUUAAUACAGAGAUAGAUCUGCAAAAGUUGAAAGCUUUCAAGAUGAAUAAUCCAGAUUUAGGUUCAGGUACUAGAUCUUAUGAACAGGCUGUAGAAAAUACAGAAUUAAACAUUAAAUGGAUGACAGAUAACUAUGAAACAUUGGAAGCAUGGCUUGACAGGACGAUAUCUUCACAAAACAAGGGAGGUAACCACAUCACUGAUGUCAGACUCCCCCGUACAGUUUCACCACAACUAUAUACCUUAGAGUUGCUACCUGAUAUUUAUGCUGAUGACCCAAAAGAUUUCAAAAUAUCAGGAAAAGUUGAUAUUGUUAUUGACUGCCUUGAAGCUACAGAUAAUAUUACAAUCCAUAUCAAUAAGCUCACCAUAAAAAAACAGACCAUUUACAUAAAGAUCCAGUCCGGUAAUCAGUCAGGACCAAAGAUUCUCAGGACAACAGAAGAUAAUGACAGACAGUUCUACAUCAUGUUUUUGUCAGAGAAACUUAAUCAGGGUCAGACUUAUGUGUUGUCUUUAGAAUUUGAAGGUCCUUUAAAAGAUGAUCUUGCAGGGCUGUACUACAGUUCAUACAAAAGAAAUGACAAGAAUGUGUAUUUAGCUGUGACACAGUUUGAGGCUACUGAUGCAAGGAAAGCUUUCCCAUGUUUUGAUGAACCUAACAUGAAAGCCAAAUUUAAGGUGACACUACUGAGAAAACCAUCAAUGACAUCAAUAUCUAACAUGCCACAGGAAAAAACUGGUAUACAAAGGCCAAAUGGAUUUGUUGCCGAUGAGUAUAAAUUGUCAGAGAAAAUGUCUACCUAUUUACUGGCAUUUAUUGUAUGUGAUUUCAAACAGAUUACAGGGACAACCAAGAACAACAUCACUUAUGGAGCAUGGAGUACACCUGAGACAAUAAACCAAGCUGAGUUAGCCCUGCAGAUUGGUAUAGAUACCAUUACUUUCUAUGAAGACUUCUUUGGGGUCAGAUUUCCUCUUCCUAAGCAAGACAUGAUAGCCAUUCCUGACUUCUCUGCUGGAGCUAUGGAGAACUGGGGUCUGAUUACAUACAGGGAAACAGCCAUGUUGUUUGAACCUGGUGUAUCUUCAGAGGGAAACAAACAAAGAGUCACAGGAACAAUAACUCAUGAGUUAGCUCAUCAAUGGUUUGGUGACCUAGUAACCAUGGACUGGUGGGGAGAUAUCUGGCUUAAUGAAGGAUUUGCUAGAUUUGUACAAUAUCUUGGUAGUGAUAAUUUAUACCCACAAUGGAAGAUGUUUGAACAGUUUGUAGUGAAUGUAGUACAUGCAGCCUUCUCAUUUGAUGGUUUAGCAACAUCCCAUCCUGUCUAUGUACCUGUAUAUAAUCCAAGUGAAAUCAAUGAAGUGUUUGAUGCUAUAUCCUAUGACAAGGGAGCUAGUAUUAUAAGGAUGAUGAAAUUUUUCCUCGGAGAUUCAACGUUCAAAAAAGGUCUGCAGAAUUAUCUGAUAGACAGGAAGUUCAGUAAUGCCUACCAUGAUGAUCUGUGGAACGCCAUGGCUAAUCAAUCAAGGGCUGAUACAAAGCUUAUGGAUGUUAAAAGUAUCAUGGAUACAUGGACGUUACAGAUGAAUUAUCCAGUUGUCAUGGUAACUGCCACCUCUAAUGGCCUACGAAUAUCACAGAAACGCUACCUGUCUAAUCCUGAUGCAAAGGAUCCUGGGAAAUACACUUCCCCUUUCAAUUACAAGUGGCAGAUUCCAUUUUUCUACACUACCAGCAAGGAACUGAACUUUAACAAGACAGCUUCUGAUAUCACCUGGAUCAAAACAGAAACAGAGGAUUUACCGGGACCAUCCAACUUUUUAUCUGGAAAGGAUUGGAUAAUAGCCAAUACACAACAAUUUGGAUUCUAUCGUGUUAAUUAUGAUAAUGAGAAUUGGUUGGCUUUGGUGAAACAGUUAAAUACUGAUCAUAAGGUCAUUCAUCCUAUUAAUAGAGCACAGAUUAUAAAUGAUGCCUGGAAUUUAGCAAAGUCUGGCGAUCUUGAUAUUGGUAUAUCAUUAAAAACAGUAGAAUAUAUUAGUGAAGAAUUAGAAUAUGUUCCCUGGGAUGCAGCAAGCAGCCAGCUAUCAUAUGUUAGUAAUAUGUUGUCACGGACAGAAAUUUAUGGCAAGUUUAAGAAAUUCAUGAAAAAAAUUGUGACAAAACCCUUCAAGCAUUUUGGGAUGGACAACAGUAAAGCUAGCCAUCUGGAGUCAUAUAUAAGGUCAACACUGUCUAGCUUUGCCUGUGAUUAUGAUAUAGAACAAUGUACAAGGGAAGCUGCUAAGAUGUUUAAGAAUUGGAUGAUGGACCCUGAAAGGAAUAGAAUUGAUCCUGGUCUGAAGAGUACAGUUUACUGCUCUGGAGUGGCUAGCGGUGAUGAAGAUGAAUGGAAUUUUGUGUAUGACAAAUAUAAAACAGCAACAGUUGCUGCUGAAAAAGCACAUUUAUUAUCUGCCUUGUCAUGUACCAAACAAACAUGGAUUCUGAAUAGAUUCAUCAAGAUGUCACUUGACUUUGACCAAGUAAGAAAGCAGGAUUCUGUAAGUGUUUUUACUGGUAUCCAUGGUAACCCAAUAGGACGAGACCUUGCAUGGACCUUCUUAAAUUCAAACUGGGAUAGAAUUUAUAGCAUACAUGGAUCAACCAUACUUACCAUAAAAAAGUUGAUCAGUGGGAUAGCUUAUGGCAUGAAUUCACAGUAUGAUCUACAACAGCUGAGGGAAUUCAAAAGAAGGCAUCCAAACAUUGGAUCAGGUCAAAGAGCUCUUGAACAGGCGAUUGAGAAAACAGAAGCCAACAUCAAAUGGAUGAGCAGAUAUUAUUCACAUAUUGAAAACUGGCUUGAUGAGAAUUUACAAGACGAUCAAGGUUCAGACUACAGACUCUCAAGAUCUGUUAUUCCUUCUGCAUAUUCUAUUGAACUGUUUCCAGAUUUAUACUCUGGUGAUCCAUCAAAAUUUAUAUUUACUGGAUCUGUAACAAUACAAAUUACUUGUACAGAGAAUACCAGUAACUUUACACUCAAUAGCAGGCAGCUGGAAAUAGAUGAAAAUUCUGUAAAAAUAGACUCACUGGAUAAACAUGUUGCCAGUCCUGUUUUCUUGUCAUUAUCGUAUGAUGCUGACUCACAACUUGUUACAUUUGUAUCUAGUAACCAGUUUAUCAAGGGAUAUAACUAUUCCAUAGCUAUGAACUUUACUGGUCCCCUGUUAGAUGAUCUACAAGGACUUUACUACAGUUCAUAUAACGAGGGAAACACCACAAGGUACUUAGCCUCAACUCAGUUUGAAUCGAUCAAAGCCAGGAAAGCAUUCCCAUGUUUUGAUGAACCAGAUUUAAAGGCACAGUUUAAAGUGACGUUAGUUCGUCGUAAAGACAAGAUUUCACUAUCCAAUAUGCCAAUAGAUAAAACAUAUACAAGGUCUGAUGGUUACAUAGCUGAUGAGUAUGAAAUGACUCCUGUGAUGUCAACUUAUCUGUUAGCCUUUGUUGUGGGAGAUUUUAAUCACACAAAUCAAACUACUAACAAUGGCAUCAAAUAUGGUGUAUGGUCAAGACCAGAAUCAGUGGAACAAACUAAAUUUGCAUUGGAUGUUGGAACUAAAGUGUUGACAUUUUAUGAACAAUUUUUCAACAUAUCCUUCCCUCUACCAAAACAAGAUAUGAUAGCUAUACCAGACUUUGGACCAGGAGCCAUGGAAAACUGGGGACUUAUAACAUACAAAGAAAGAUACCUGUUAUAUAAAGAUGGUGUAACCUCUGCAGAAAGUAAACAAAAAACAGCUAUUGUAAUAGCCCAUGAAUUAGGUCACCAGUGGUUUGGAAACUUAGUAACAAUGAAAUGGUGGGAUGAUCUUUGGUUAAAUGAGGGAUUUGCUACCUUUAUGGAGUAUAUUGGAACAGACCAUAUCUUCCCAGAUUGGAAAAUGUUUGACCAUAUGAUAAUAGACGAUCUGCAUCCAGUUUUAGACUUUGAUAGUCAUGUGACGUCUCAUCCAAUAUAUGUACCGUUAACAAGUUUAGAAGAACUUAGUAAUAUCUUUGAUGCAAUAUCAUACAGCAAGGGAGGAAGUGUGAUAAGAAUGGCCAGAUUUUUCUUAGGAGAAGAAACCUUUAGAAAAGGACUAUCAAGAUAUUUAAAUAACAGAAAGUUUCAGAAUGCUGACCACAAUGAUCUUUCUGAAGCCCUGAAUAUACAAGCUAAGAUGGCCAAUUUGAGUCUGCCAGCAGAUGUCAAAACUAUAAUGGACACUUGGUUACUACAGAUGAACUACCCUGUUGUCAUGGUAACCGUUACAGCACCAGGCAAAGUUAGGCUGUCACAGAAAAGAUUUCUUACUAAUCCAGAGGCUAAGGAUCCAAUGUUAUAUAAAUCUCCUUACAAUUACAAGUGGUGGAUACCAGUAACUCUAACAAACAGUGGAGAGAAAAAAUUUGUAAAGACAAGUAAAGAUGUGAUAUGGUUCAAUGAUACAUUUACAGAUAUAACAUCAACUCAAAUACUAAAAGAAGAUGGUAAAUCAUGGGUGAUGGCAAACAUUGGACAAUAUGGUGUAUACCGAGUGAAUUACACAGAUCAAAACUGGAGAGCUAUUAUCAACCAGUUAAAAACAAAUUAUACGGUAAUUUCAUCCAUUAACAGAGCUCAAGUAAUAAAUGAUGCAUGGAGUUUUAGUAGAGCCAACCAACUGAAUGCUGAUAUAGGGUUAGGAAUUGUUGAAUAUUUAGAUAAAGAAAUGGAUUAUGUACCACGUACAGCAGCUAAUAAACAGUUAUCUUACUUAGAUAGCAUGUUGUCAAAGUCCAAUUAUUACGGAAAAUUUAAGAGUAUGAUGAGGAAUCUUGUUGGUAAAGCAUAUGAUAAGUUUGGUUUGAACAGCACAGGUCUUAAUCAUCUGCAGUCGUACAUGAGGUCAGAGGUGUCCAGAAUAGCAUGUGAUUUUGAUCUACCAAAAUGUAUUACUGAAGCAAAGAGACAGUUUGAUGGUUGGAUGAACAAUCCUCAAGAAAAUAAGAUAAAUCCUGAUACAAGAUACAUUAUCUACUGUACAGCAAUAAGAACAGGUGGAGAGGAAGAAUGGAACUUUGCCUAUAGACAAUAUAAACAAUCUACAAUGGCCUCUGAAACAGAUAAUUUAUUACGAUCGUUAGCUUGCAGUGAAGUACCUUGGAUUUUACAAAGAUAUUUACAGUAUGCUCUCACUCCUGAAGAGAUAAGAAAACAAGAAACAGGAAGUAUUCUUGUUAAUGUUGCCAGUAGUAAGAUUGGUCGUUCUAUUGCCUGGAACUUUGUACAGUCAAAGUGGGAUUACAUCCAUGAUGAUUACUUAGCAGGGUAUUGGGAUGGUGGUGGAGUUAUUAAACAAGUGUCCAGAGUUUUUAAUACAGAAUUUGAAUUGCAACAGCUACUGGACUUUGGUGAUUCAAUAGCUGAUCUUCACAGAGCAAAGACAUCUUAUGAACAGGCUAUUGAGACAGUACAAGCUAAUAUCAAGUGGGUGAAAAAUAGUAUAGACACUGUUGAGAAAUGGCUUGUUACAAUGGUAGCAUAGGAUAUCACUGCUUCAGGACAAAAUUGUUUUUACCUCUUUCAUUAAAAUAUGUAAAUACUGCAUGUGUUAAUCAAUACUGUAUCCAUAUUUUAUUUAAUCAGAAUUUUAUAUUUUUUUUAUUUCUAAGUAAUGUCUUGUAUUGUCAGAGAUACUAUAGGUUACAAACAUAAACUUAUAUACAUACAAACUAUAUUGGAACUGUUUGCAUUAUAACUUAAAAAAUAUGUAGAAUGCAGAAGAAUGAAUGUAAACAAUGACAACAUAUGUAUUGCUGUUACAAAUAAUGACAUCCGGCAAAUUAAAACCGGCAAAUUAAAAUAGUUUUAGCAAAUUAUUGUCAGCUGAAUGUGAUUAAAAAUAUAUGACAAUA